CUGUCAGCCGGUAGUUUCUAGUAGGGGACAAAUCUUUUAAAGUGGGGGUCAAAGGUUUUUCAUGCACACAGAGAUUCAUUCAGCGGUGCUACUUGAACGUGAUUUUUUGGGGAAGAUUGGCGAGAGAAAAUCCGUAUUAAACAAUGGUGUUUGUUCGCACUUUUCCAGAACACACCCAUCUACAGUAAACAAAACUGAUUUGCAGAAAGUGAGAACGAAAGUGAAACGGUAGAGUUUAUGUAAGGCGCAACUCAAGCGUCUUGGUCUUCCGCUCACUUUGCCACACGAAAAAUCCUCCUUUGUAAACUCAGCGAAGACACAGAUACUACCGUCCCACAUCUCUCCGAGGGAGAAGAUCAUUUUUUCUACCGUCCUGCGUUUGACUACCUCUCCCAGCACCAUGCCGAACCCGGACCUGUGUCUCGAGGCCCUGUCUGCUCUUACCGGCUGUAAAGUUGAGUCGACGACCAGAGUCUCCCAGCUCGGACCGCAGGACAUUGUCAACGUUGUGGCCCUCAGGGAGUUUUACAAACAGGAGGGCUUGAAAGAGCUGGACUAUCCGAGUAUAGGAACUUUAUCCCUCGAAAACGUGGAGACGAUGGACAUGUACAGCUCUCCCCCAGCACUGCCUGAGCCUGAAGAGAGCUAUACAACCUCUGUGAAAAUCAACAUCCAGGACUUCUUCGAUCCUCAGUAUGAUUAUGACUUUACCAACAUAAAGGAUGGUGGCAUGACGUUCAUGCGUGGUAAUGAGCAGUAUUUUCGUCCUUGUGGAUGGAACCGGGCUGCCCUGCAUGUCACAAAAAAGUAUGACGGUGGGGACCGCUGGCUCGGGACGGGGAACGAUGCCUGGCCUGUCUCUUACCAAGGAUACAACAUGGAUGGUGCCCAAGGCAUCAUCCUCGCCCGUGAUAAAAACCCAGAUGACGAGCCAAGUUUCCUGGAAGCUGGUGCAGCUUCUCUGGUCACAGAGAAGACGAGGGGCAAGGGUGUGUACUCUACUCCAAGCAUCCAGACAGCAGAGAAGUACUGCAAGACGUUCAAGUCCAAAGUGGACGGGAAGAGAUACAAAGUGCUUCUUCAGAACCGCAUCAACCCUGAGAAAAGGAAUAAGUGCCAGAGAGAAGAUGUUUGGGUUGUGUACAUCCCUGAAGGAAGCACCGACAUCCAGAAGAGGGCCAUCGUUCAGGAGUCCAUUCGUCCAUACGGGCUGCUGCUGAAGCAGGUGUGAGCCAAGUUUCCACAACACAUAUUAAACAACAUUUUCAGGGAAUCAACUGAAAACUGUUAAUAUAAGCAGGACAAUAUCCUAAGAGCUCUUCAAAAGCUGAAUAUACAGUGAAGCCUUAGAUUCUUGUUUAUCAGACACAAAACUGCCUCGUCAUCGUUCACUGAAAAAAUUACUACUAACUGCUGAUCUGUACUUUGGGAACUUUGGGAAUCUUGUACACAAAGGCAUCACUGCACUAUGCACUUGCAGCAAGUAUAACAGUGGAAAGAGAAAGCAGGGAAAUCCCUUAUAAGGCACUCUGUGUUUAAGAGGCUGAUGCCAUCUAGUGAUAUUUAGUGAUAAUUUCCUUCUAAUUUAAAGGAAGUAGAUCUUUCACGGUGUGGAAAUGGUAUAAUUGCAGCAGUCUAAUUUAUUUUCCUUUGUUGCACAUAACUGAGCUGACUUUGUAAACGAGAAGAGGCGAAACAUAUAUCAUCCGACCUGAAAAUGUUUUUAAAAUGACAUAUUCAGUUCGUUAAACAUAGAUUUCAUGUAAUUUGAUUCUUUGAAUUGUUGCUGUGAUGUAUGAUGACAUUUUCUGAUGUUUUUCACAGCAUUUUUGCUCAGUUUGUUUUCCCUCCAUUUUUAGUGCUACUUAAGAAUUGUUUGCAUGAUUUAGGUUCUACCGUCCACACUGAUCAUUUCUUUUACUGAAUAGCUCUUUAGCACUUUGGCUAAUAAUCCUACCCGAUUCUCACUGUUUUUCCUUGUAUGUGCAAAACUGUGAAUAAAUGUAAAUGGAAAUAAAGUGAAUGAAUAGA